CAUCUCUUUCCGAAGUGACGUUAAACCCGCCCGUCCUUGCAGUAAAUGUCCCAUUACCGGCGAGCGGGACGGAGGGACGGCGACCGACACCAAGCAAAACCGAGACGAACGGUAGAGGAAAACCCACUAGAACCUUUGCCAGUCAGCUCCUCAAGCAUGGCUUCCCCCUCUGUUCCUGCGACCAGUCGCUUCCUGAUUUUCUUUGACUUUGACGAGACCAUGAUCGCAGAAAGCAGUGAUGAUGCCAUGGUCCGUGUUGCCCCUGGCCAGACUGUCCCCGACUGGCUGAAGGACAGCUUCCGUCCUGGCCGGUACAACGAACACAUGCAGCGUGUCCUGGCCUACUUGGCCCAACAGGGAGUGAGCGAGGAGGUCAUCCGGGAUGCCAUCGAGGACAUCCCACCCACUCCAGGCCUGCCGGUGCUCCUUGGCUUCUUGCGCUCCCACCGUCAGGAUUUUGAGUGUGUUGUGCUCUCGGACGCUAACACCUACUUCAUCGAGACUUGGCUGCGCAAGGCCGGAUCAAGGCAACUCUUCUCCGAGAUCUUCACCAAUCCUGCCAGCUUCAACAAGGAUGGACAUCUGGUGCUUCUGCCCUACCAUGCCCAUGGGUGCACACGGUGCCCAGAGAACAUGUGCAAGCAGGUGAUCCUCAGGGACUACCUGGCAAGAAGGGCCAGAGAAAGAGGGAAGCCCUUCCAGAAGGUUUUCUACAUUGGGGAUGGGGCUAAUGACAUUUGCCCCACUCUAGCUCUGGGACAGAAGGACACAGCUUUUCCUAGGAGAGAUUUCCCCAUGCACCGGAUCAUCCAGGACAUGCAGAGAGGUCAGCCUGGGAUUUACAAACCCACGGUGGUGCCUUGGGCGCGGGGAGAAGAUGUGGUAGACUGCCUCAAGAAAGCAGUGGAGGAGAGAUGAGCGAUGGAGUGGAGCACCAGGGAAGGACCAAGCAAGGUCCAAAACUUCAGAGCUGUUCACCUACACACAAGAUUUACUAAUAAUGGACAGAACAAACUUAUCUGAAGCAUGGUUACAUUAUUUUUGGCAUAAUAAUAAACAGGACCCAAUAAGAGAACCAGUAAGAUCUCAUAAGAAGUAUUAAUAAUAGUAGGGUUGAUAAAAUCCUUAUGAUAUCUGUCCCUAGGUAUGUGUACCACAUGUCAUUCGUCCCUUUUUGGCAGGUAGAGGGAAACUCUCUGGAGCCCUUGCUUCUUGUCACACACUUCCUCAGACAUGCCUUCCCUGCAAGCCUUCCAGGGGGUUUUCUACAUCUACCAACAUUUGCCCCACUCAGACUCUAAAACAAACGGAUAUUACUUUUCCUAGUUCCCCCCUGCAUGGCAAUACUCCGAUUAUGCAGAGAGGGGAGCCUGGGAUUUACAAGACCACUGUGGUGCCCUGGACACAGAGACGACUGCCUGAAGAAAUCUGUGGAGGAGAGAUGAGCAAAGAAGGAAAAGGGCAACAAGUUGGGAGUCUGACUUUGGGGCUCAUGACAAAGACAGGAACGGGGCCCUCCGCAAGCACCCCAUCAACUAAUACACAAAAUGCACUUAUAACACAUAAGCUAAUUCGUUUUUUAGCCAGGGCAGAGUGGCAGAGAGUAUUACUAGCAUCUGGUGUCAGGUUGCAUUGACAGUCCUGAAUUUAUUACUAACAGUAAUUUUGGUAUGCCAUAUUUUUUGGUCAUCUGUACACGUCUAACUUGAGGGGACCUUUGAUGGUGGCAUCCUUUGCCUAGUUGUCCCCUAAAGAGCAGGGUGUGAAAGACUGAAAAAAGGAAAGAGCUUUGAAAGCUCAGAUUACAGACACGCACGGACACCCAAUACACAAGCCGGCCGGCAACUGAGACGAGGUUUGACUUACACGAGGACUGACAGACGGCAGACACGAGAACACCUCACUGGAAUAAAGGGUGCUGGCAUCAAUUCAAUGAAACAGCAAGUGUGUGGAGUGCCACUCCUGGGAGUCCAUGCAUGAGACCUACAGGAAUAGUUUGUCGAAAGAUCAACCCUUACCCCAAAUGUAGUCGACCAGCCAAGAUAUGUUUGGCGUCUGAAGUUUGCUUCUUAGUUUUGGAGCUACAGGCUAAUUAAGGCUUCCUUUACUUGUUAGCUAGACUUGCUUGUGUGAUGUCUAACACUAUAUGACAUGCUGUUAUUUAUACAAACGGACAAACGCACAGACAAAAUUCAGGCCUUAACACUUAACAUGUGUUGGCUGAUGUUUGGGGUAAGGGGGAAAUUUGAAACUGUUGCUUCAAACGAGAAGAAAGUCAUGUUGCGUUAUAAGUGUGUUAUCUGUGGGGUAAAGCUGGAGCAACAAUACAUUGCAACCUUGCAACUGUGCUGUACUUGACACCCUCAUAUCAGAGAAGAACACUGGCACUUCACCAAUGCUGCGUUUACACACUUCAAAAAGAAAGCUGGUCUGUAAUGCUAAUACUCAGGCUAGUCUUUCUUGAAUGUCCUUUAAAAUAUAGGCUUAUCCAGUAACUAGUAUACAUUAGUCAGUAACUACUAUGUAUUAUUCAGUAAUUACUAUGAAACUAAUCUGUAAGUUGUAUAGUUAUUAGUAGGAAGAACAGUGUGGACCCACAUAUAGACCCUUCGAGUUUAAGGGGUUGAUACACCCAUGGAUACUCAUCUCUAACACAUGCAGUACUGGGUUAAAGUCAGAGACACUAUUUAUUUAAUUUCCAGUCAAAAUGGCCACUAACUCUCCUGAGUGGCAUAACCGUCUUAAGUGUUAGCCUGUCAUGAGGAGAUCGCGAGUUCAGUCCCUGGUAAUGCUACAGCCAUACAUGGCUGGGAGUCCAAGAGAGCACAAUUAGCCUCGCUCUCUGGGUGGGUAGGAUGCCCACCACCAUCACUAAGUGUGAGGCUAGUCAGCGCAGGUGUCUGUUAGCUGACGUAACAGAUCUGGUGGUUGGCGCUUUCCUCCGAGCGCGUUCGGCUGUCCGAUGACGUUGUGCG